UCUUUUGCAUAAAAUUGAAAUCAAAACGUAAACUUGAAAGUGUUAAAUAUGAGUGAAAUUAAAAAUCAAAAUUUAAAUACAAAUUGUUAACAUUUAAUCAAAAUAAAAAGUUUAAUCGAUUACUAUCAAAAUGUGGAUAUACUCUUGGCUGUCAAUCCUAUUGCUGGACUGCCAUUUCGUACUUGGAUACUUAAACAUUUACAUCAGCCAGAAGGAAGUUAUGAAACUCAUGGGUCUGGAUGCUGAAUUGUUUUACGUUCGUGAUGGCAUCGUUAACAAUUACGCUAUGAUGUUCGUCGUACCAGUGAACGCCAGUAUAAACGAUUUGGAAUUCUCCUGGCAAAGCUUGACGUCGUAUUCGCUAUCGUACGUACUGUCUAUCGAAUAUGAUACACAUCAGGGUGCACUGUUACCGCCGCAAUUAAAUAUUCCUGCCAAAGGGCUUGUACCCGACAAAGUGGAAACAUUUACAGUUCAUUUACCAUGUACGGGAAACAUUUCUGUGGAAGUACCAAUUGCAAUUAAUUUAUACGUAAAGGGACCACCUCGCCGCAAUGACACCAGACUCAAUUUCAAGCGAAAUAAAAUCUGCCUAAGAGGAGUCUCUCAACCACGAAAUCAAUCAUUGGCACCAGCUCGGGCCCCAUCUCAAGGGCCAGCAUUAUUGUCUGCUGCAGCAUGUGCACUUGGCCUUGUUCUGGUCGUGGGUCUCAUAGCCAGUGCGAUGUAUGUUCGUGCGAGAAAGCAAAUUCGACAGGAUUCAUUACAUACCAGUUUUACGGCUGCUGCGUAUGGAAGUCAUCAGAAUGUAUUUAUACGAAUGGAUCCACUGGGUCGACCGCCAAGUGCUAAUAGUGGUUCUUAUGCAACGAUUGCAAGCCUUAACAAAUUUCCAUUGAGCGAAAGUAAAAAGUCUUGGUUUCGACGAACACCAUCCCCAUCCCUGUAUGCAACUGCUUUGCUGCCACUGUCACAUCCGACAUGUGAAUCCGUUUAUGCAAAACCAGAAUCGGUUUGUCCGUCGAGAAUAUCGUAUUAUGCAUCGUCACAGCUUACACAGGUGUACAGUUUAUCGACACCACGAAGCUAUCGCAACAACCCCACCGAUCCGAAAGAGAAAUUUGGCCCGGUGACUGUAUCAGCGGGUACAAUACGUAGUCAACACUUGCUGCAAGAAGGCACUUAUGGCAGAGUAUACAGCGGUACAUUGCAUCUUUCCAGUGGCGAAACACGAGACACUCUCAUAAAAACGGUUGUCGAUGGAGCAUCGCUUACACAAGUUGCCUUUUUACUGUCAGAAGCAUCUCUGUUAUGUGGUGUUGUUCACAUUAAUAUACAUUCACCGAUCGGCGCUAAUACGGAAUUAGCUGGACCACCACAAAUUGCAUAUCCCUAUCCAUCGAAGGGUAAUUUGAAAAGAUUUCUCCAAAAUUGUCGAGAAUCCGGUACAUCCCUUAAAACUCGUCAACUAGUCGAAUUCGGCCUUCACGUAACAAGAGGAUUAUCGUAUUUGCAUUCAUUGCAAAUUCUUCAUCGUGACUUCGCCACUAGAAAUUGUGUUUUGGAUACCGAUUUAACAGUUCGCAUCUGUGACAGCGCACUAUCUCGUGAUUUAUUUCCUGAUGACUAUCACUGCUUAGGGGACAAUGAAAAUCGUCCGCUCAAAUGGAUGGCAUUAGAAAUUUUACAGAAAAAACCGUACUCCACGGCAAGUGAUGUGUGGAGUCUGGGUGUUUUCCUAUGGGAACUAGCAACAUUGGCAAUGAUGCCAUUCGAAGAGGUGGAUAUAUUCGAAUUGGAACCGUAUUUGAGAGACGGAUACCGUUUGGGACAGCCCGUUAAUUGUCCCGAUGAAUUUUAUACGGUGAUGUCAUGCUGUUGGCUUGCUGAUCACAAGCAGCGUCCACUGUUACCUCAGCUCAUAGCUUAUUUACAUGAUUUUCACGAAGACUUAGGAAAAUACAUUUAAUCGUGAAGCUUUUCGACUGCCAACAAUAUAAUAACUACCACACACAGACAGACAUUUGAAUAGGAUAGAGUUAAAUAAUUGAUUAUAUUGCAUUGUUAAUAUUUUAUAUUUAUUGAAUGGUGAACUAAAUAAGUAAUAUAAACAAAAAUAAGAAUAAAAAAAUCGGAUAUUUGUGUAAGACUGUUUACUAAACAAUUAUUGAACAAAAAAAAAAGUAGAUGAAAGAGAGAAAAAAACGUUUAAUGUUUUAUAUUUUUGUUAUAACAAGAAGAAUGGAUACUAUUUAUUAAAAAAAAAUGAACGUAAACAUACAACAAAUUAUAGGUUAGGUAUUUUGAUUGCAAUAAAACCAUUAACUAUAGUUAAUUAACUAUACCAAUUCUAUUGAAAACAUGAAGACGGACAAGCGUGCAUUGUAAGAGAACACCAUGACGUGUGUAUAAUAUAAUAAAGAAAAUCAAAAUAAAAUCAAAAUUAAACAUACAAAUUGUUGAAGAUUAAUGGUUCAAAAAUUUUCCAAAAAAAAAAUUCUAAUUUUCCAAAUUGAGUAAAUUAUACGAAAUGCUGACUAAACGAUUAACCACAACCACAUAGACGUUUGUGGCGAAAUUUUAUUGAUUCGACACUUUACACAGUCCUGGUUCAGUCUGACGCUCGGAGGGAGUGAAGAGAAGAGAUUUUUAUUUUUUGAAAAAAUGGAUGGCAAAAAAAUCUCAAAAAACUCCCCAAGGGCUUUUUCUACCCUGGGAAGACUUGCUUUAGUUCAGGCUUAUCCGAAUCUGUUGUGAUCUGAAACUAACUUAGUAUAUUGGAAAUCCGACUGGCAUGGCCCCUGAAUUUCGUCUGAACUCAUUUUUCAGGUUCAGAUCAAACUCAGACCUAUUUUUAAGAAUUUUCAUUCUGAAAGUUACGAAAAAAUCUUACAAAAUUCCCAAACAUUUUUUAGAGUUUUUCGGAAUUUUCAAAAUUUUCAAAAUUUACCUUCCUUAUUGGCUCCCAACUAGAGUUCGUUAAUUCAAGCUCAACAAAACUAGGUAAAGAAGUAGGAGGAAAUGCUGACACUUGUAGCUCAUUUCUUUUGCGACCAUCGUAAAAGCCUAACAAUCUAAUAUUUAGUUCAAGCAAAGCACUGUUGAGAAUAGUUGGGAAUUGUUAAGAAAUGCUGAGACAAUUCGGCAUGAGCUCCUAACAUGUCAAAAAAUGUCCCUAGUCUCGGUUCUGCAAGUAGCUAUUGAAGCGUUUAGCUUUGAUUGUACAAUUUUCGUACAUUUCAUGAAUUUUUACUAAUUUCGCAAAGAUUUUCACGAUUCGUGAAUGAAGUAGGGUGAAAUUUCAGCAUGAAUUUGCUUCAGCUGUUAUUCAGCUGAUUCACACAUACAAAACUGUUUAUACUUCUUUAUUCGGUUGAACCUGUUAAACCCACGCGGGCCUUAGUGGUAAAACCGUAAAAAACAUUUUUGAUUGUUUGUGUGGAUCAGCUCAAAACCGCUGAAGUAAAUUAAUACGUAAAUUUCAUUGCGCCUCUAAGUGUACUUUAUUAUAAUUCGCAAAAGAAAUAAAUAAAAUUAGAUGCACCAGCAGUAAAAUGUCGAUAAAAAUUACGAUUUCGCCACGUUAUAGAAAUCCUCUUCAGCUUGAAAGCUUCUAUGUCGUAUACAAUUGUUUGCAUGUCCCAAAACAAGUCGACUGUCAUUUGCUGUUUCAGCAACCAAAUGAAAUGUGUUGACGUGUUACACCUAAAAAUGCUUUUAGAGCUUCAAAAUAUCUUUUUUAAAUAAAUUAAAUGGAACUAUAACAGGGUUAAAAAAUAUGAUUUGCAAAUGUAAUUAAUUAAAUUUUAAAAUUUCUAAUUGUGAUUGAGUUGCGAUGUGAUGUUAAUUUAUUUAUUAAAAU